CUGGGAGCAAAUAGCCCUUAGACAGCUAUUUCACCUCCCUUUCCCUCUCUUUCUUGCAUUUGCAAUCUUUAAAUCUCUCCUCCACGUUGUCAUUGUCAUUGUCAUUUAAUCCUCGCUCCUAUCAUUCUACUUUCAAACAACCCUGAGGUUCUAUAAUUUUUCUCACCACCGAUCUCCCUUUUGUCGCUAUUGAUCCCUAUCCAUAGUCAUGCCGUUCCUAUCAGACUAUACCUCCGCAGAUCUCACCCAUCUGGGCUCGACUUCCGACGACGCCAUUGUUCACAAUAUCUCUUCUCGAUGGAAACAAAAGCUGCCUUACACCCGAAUCAACGCCUCCGUCCUCGUAGUUGUUAACCCAUACGAAGUCCUCUCUACACUCAAUGAUACCCACGCAGAACAGUAUGCGGAUUGGUGUUACCGAAAUGUGGCUGAUUCUACCACAGAAGCGCUAGAGAUCCAAGCGCCAGUCGACCAGACCCAGCGUCCCACACAACAACCAUAUAAAUCAAAGAACAAGAAUGAGGAUCAGCAAAGUCAGCAUAGCAGCACCAGUGGUUUCAAUUCCAUUGCCCCUCACCCAUAUGAACUUGCUGGUAGAAUUUACCUCCAUCUCAGGAGAACGGGUCAAGAUCAAGCAAUUGUCACAAGCGGUGUCUCUGGUUCCGGCAAGACCACCGGCGCAUCUCAUAUCAUGUCGCAACUGUGUCGCUUGGCCACCCAUACCAAAAAGGAGGCACGCGUAGCCUCCCAGCUGCAGCAGGCACAACAAGUCUUGGACACGUUCGGCUGCUGUUACACAAGAGAGAACAACAAUGCUAGCAUGUUUUCAAAGUAUCUUGAAGUCCAGUUCAAUGAAAGAGGUCGUAUCAUGGGUGGAAAGACACUGUGCUAUCUCCUGAACGCAGCAAGGGUUACCAAGAUCCCACAAGAGGAACGCACUUUCCACGUCUUUUACUACCUCCUCAACGCCGGUCAAAAUACUCUGUCAGAACAGGAGAAAUCCCAGCUUCGUCUUCACGAAUCAUUUGCUUAUAUCAGCCAGUCAAAGUUGGCUCGACAGGAUACUCUUGGACACGGCGCUGGAUAUAAAGCCGCUAACAUGGGCUCUGGAUCAGGAGCGGUACCUGGCGUCUUUGGCGUCAAUACUCCUGGUGCGGCAUUUUCAGCAGGCAUAACCAUGAAUGACUCUCUUGGGUUCGAGCAUUUGAAGAGCGCAAUGACUGCCUGUGGAUUCAGACCAAGGCAGACCCAACACGUUUGGCGUCUCCUUGCUGCCAUUCUGCACCUUGGUAAUCUUCAGUUUAUGGACCCAGCUUCAGUAAGCAAGCAGAGUGCGCUUCAGGAAGCUGCUGUCGUUAAGAAUCCAGAAGUUCUGGAAUUUAUUGCCGAUAUUCUCGGUGUCCCCAGCGACAAGCUGCUUCUCGCUUUGACAUACAAGUCAAAGUUGAUCCGCCGCGACCUGUGUACGGUUGUUCUCAAUGCUCAAGGAUCUUCCGCGCACCGCGACUCCCUUUCGAGGACACUUUAUAUGGCCUUGUUCGGAUACCUUGUGGAGCAGAUCAACAAAACACUCUGCCACUCCAAUCCAGCAAACUUUGUGGCCAUCCUCGACCAAGCAGGUCUGACAGAGGCCUCAGGAUCGUCCUCAAUUCAUCUGGCUAAUUUUGAACAAUUCUCCGUCAACUUUGCAAACGAGUUGCUGCACGGAUUCAUCGGAAGAAGAAUGUUGGACGAUACUGCUGGGUUCAAUAGGCUGCAGGCCCAAGACGGGAUACAGUUACCCGGUCCGAUGCUUCGAGUCAACACUAAUAGCACCUUGACCAGCCAGCAGACCACCAAAAAUAUGGUGUUUGACAACAGCUGUCUGCAAUUGCUUGUUGGCAAGCAAUUCAAAGAUGACCAGCCUCUCUCUUUGCCGGCAGGAAGUUCGACAGCGCAAGGAAAUAAUUCAUUCAACAAUUCCACUCUUUAUUCAGCGAGAGCACAAACAAAACAACAGCAGCAAAGGGGUGAGUCCCCCAACUCAGCUGUUCUGGGGGGUUUGAUUCGGAUCAUGGACGACUCCAGCACACUUUACAGCCAAGGAUCUGCAACCGAUGCCGAUUGUCUUCACAAAGCAACACUCCAGUUCAGGAGCGACAGUCAGAGCCAGGCUAUCUUCACCGUCAACCGAACCUCAUCUAACUACUUCGCUAUCCAGCAUUUCACUGGCAAGGUUGAAUACUCUGUCGAUGACUUUUUGGAAAAGAACCUGGACCAGGUCUCGCCCGACUUUAUUGUUUUGCUGAGGAACUCUGCCAAUAAGUUCAUCGUGGACCUGUUUUCGACCGACUCUGCCGGUGCCAUCUCUGUGGAGAGACACCCAAAGUUCGAAAAGACUAUUGUCAAGGCACAGCUUCAGACUAGACCUAAGCGUCAGCCAUCACGACACAGAGGACCUGCGGGCUCCUAUCUUGCUUCUCGUCGGAGCCAGGUUGGCACCGGGACUAUGGAAUACCAACAACCACAACAGCAUCAAGAACUAAACGCCAUCAUCCAAGCACAGCAACUGGAGGAGGGUUCUCUGGCAGUGAGCACGGUGCUGUCCCAAGUAUUCACGACUGUGCACGAGAUGAUCCAGACGAUGGACGAGACGACUCUUUGGCAUAUGAUCUGCCUGCGACCCAAUGACGUGCAGUCAAGCACCGCUGUGGACACAAAGAAGCUGCGGACUCAGGUAAACGCGUUCUUUUUGCCGGAGAUUGCGCACCGCAAGAGAACCGAGUACACAAUCUCGUACACAUUUGGCGAGUUCCUAGCCCGGUAUGAGCGCACAAGGCUCGUCUCAGGACUUGGCUUGGACAGAACUACAAAGACCGAGAAGGGCCGAUGUCUCGAUGUGGCGAAUGCUCCUAGUCGAGGUUGGAAUUCACCAGAUGGCCAGAUUGGCCCCAAGUUUGCGCUCGGUAACACAUCCGUCUGGUUGGCAGAGGAGGUCUGGAAAGAAUUGGAGGACGACCUUCGAGCCAUCGAGAAGGGGGAGCGCCUGCAGGAGAAGAUAUCCCAAGCUGCAGCUGCCGCUCAGGAGGAGGCUGCCAAGGCGAGAGCCAAAGGACUUGAGGCCAGGAACCUUUUAGAGCCUGGCGCACUGGCUACUAUUGAUGGUGCCAACGGAGACGAUCUGCUUGGUACAGAUUCUAGAAAGCUAGGCUCUGCCUCUUCCAGCACAGACAGGCUUCUAAGCCUUUCUAUGGGCAAAGCUAAUGGAUAUGACGCUAUCUCGGAGGCUGAGGGUCCUGACGACGACAUGUUUUCCGAUUUAGACGAGAAGGACGACGAUGUGAUGAGCGACUACAAUAUGACGGUACUUCCAGUCAAGAGUGCGCUGAAGCGGGGUCUGUCUCGGGCUGCUAGAAACAAAAGGAGCAAUGCUGAUGCAGCAGGAGGUGAAAAGAGCAGAGGUGGUGGUGGUCAUGCUGGCAGCGCGAAACAAGGACUCUCUGAAAAGCCACAGCUGAAAGAGCCCGUCGAAGUGGUGCCGACGACGCGUGCGCGCAAACUCUGGGUCUUCUUCACUUGGUGCAUGACUUGGUGGAUCCCGUCUUUUAUGCUCUCCAGCUGUGGCAAGAUGAAACGCGAGGAUAUCCGCAUGGCCUGGCGUGAGAAGGUUGCGCUCUGUUAUAUCAUUUUCUUCAUGUCCGCCGCUAUCAUCUUUGUGAUCACCGGGUUCGGAAAGCUGAUGUGCCCUGGAGCGGAUCGGCUCUUCUCUGCGAAGGAAGUUGGGUACCAUGCCGCGCCAGACGAUUUUUUCGUGUCUCUCCGAGGAAAAGUUUACGAUCUUACCAGGUUUGCAAAGUCAGACCACUCCAAUGGACAUGCGUCGUACCCGUCGGAUACGGCAUACAUGCUGCCCUUCGCAGGAACUGACGUGACCGAGUACUUUCCCUUGCAGAUGAACAUUGCGUGCUACGGACUGGUCAAUAGCCCCGCCUUCAGCAUGGCUUCGAAUAACACACUCAUCAGCUCUCAAGUCCAUGGACCACCAACCUCGGAUACGACCAUUGGCUGGUCUCUGCAAAACAACCAGGGACAAUGGUAUUGGAGAGUGGCCAUGCCGAGGCUGCAGCCCAUGAGGAAGGGCGACCUGGCGUUCGAGAUGGCGGACAUCCAGGCAGACACCGAUAGGAAGUGGUUCGUACUCGAGAAUGGCGUUUAUGAUCUGACCAGCUACUACAACACGAUCCGUGCGCCAGGAAAUACCGGUACACAGGGAGCUGGUGUGCCCCCAGUGCAUUUUUUGGACAAAUCCAUCGAGGACAUGGCCUUUAACCACAAUGGCGAGGACACGACCGCGAUCUGGAAGAAGCUCCCUCUGGAUUCAAAUACCCGCGUUUUGACUAAGAGCUGCCUUGACCAGGUCUUUUACGUCGGUAAGGUCGACUAUCGCAAGUCGUUCCAGUGCCAGUUUACCAACUACAUGCUUCUAUGCACGUCUGUGGUAUUGGUCUCUGUCAUUGCCAUCAAGUUCUUGGCAGCUCUGCAGCUCGGCUCUGUGCGCGUACCUGAAGAGCAUGACAAGUUUGUGAUCAUCCAGAUUCCAUGCUAUACCGAGGACGAGGAUUCCCUACGCAAGACAAUUGACUCCAUUACAGCACUGCGGUACGAUGACAAGCGGAAGCUGCUCUUCAUCAUUGCGGAUGGGAUGAUUAUCGGGAGCGGUAAUGAUCUGCCGACGCCCAGAAUCGUGCUCAAUAUCCUUGGCGCGGACCCGAACGUGGAUCCUGAACCAUUGGCCUUCAAGAGUAUUGGUGACGGAUCAAAACAGCUCAAUAUGGGCAAGAUCUACUCGGGACUGUACGAGCAUGAGGGUCACGUCGUUCCUUACAUUGUUGUCGUCAAGGUGGGCAAGCCCAGCGAGAGGAGCCGUCCCGGAAAUCGCGGCAAGCGCGAUUCGCAGAUCAUUUUGAUGAAAUUCCUGAACAAGGUGCAUUUUGACUCACCCAUGUGUCCCCUGGAACUCGAGAUCUAUCACCAGAUGAAAAACGUUAUUGGCGUGAACCCAAGCUUUUACGAGUACAUCCUGCAGGUUGAUGCCGACACGGAGGUGAUGCCGGACUCUCUGAAUCGUUUGGUGAGCUGUAUGAUCCACGAUGGCAAGAUUAUCGGACUCUGUGGAGAGACCCAGCUCGGAAACGAGGAAAACAGUUGGACGACCAUGAUUCAGGUUUACGAGUACUAUAUCUCACAUCAUCUUGCCAAGGCAUUCGAGUCGUUAUUUGGAUCAGUCACUUGUUUGCCGGGAUGCUUCUGCAUGUACCGAGUUCGGACCGUGGCCAAAUCGCUGCCUCUGAUUAUUUCGAGCAAAGUUAUUGAAGAAUACUCUGACAACCAGGUGGAUACCUUGCACAAGAAGAACCUGCUGUCACUCGGAGAGGAUCGAUAUCUGACCACGCUCAUGAUGAAGCAUUUCCCGCAGUACAAGAUGACUUUCACUCCGGACGCCACUUGCAGGACCGUUGCGCCUGAUCGCUGGAGUGUCUUGCUGUCGCAGCGUCGUCGAUGGAUCAACUCUACGAUCCAUAACCUGGCAGAGCUGAUGUUCCUCCCGGAGAUGUGCGGAUUUUGCUGCUUUUCGAUGCGAUUUGUCGUCUUUUUGGACUUGUUUGGAACCCUGACUCUGCCUGCUUCGGUCGUUUAUCUGAUCUACCUGAUUGUCAUUGUGGCGACGGGCAUGGAAACGUUGCCAAAGAUCUCGCUGAUCCUUCUCGGAGCCGUUUAUGGUCUUCAGGCACUGAUUUUCAUCAUCAAGCGACAGUGGCAGCACAUUGGAUGGAUGUUUAUCUACAUCAUGGCUAUCCCGCUCUUCUCAUUUUUUAUUCCGGUCUAUUCCUUCUGGCACUUUGAUGAUUUUUCCUGGGGAAACACUCGCAUGGUCGUCGGCGAAAGCGGCAAUGCCAAGAAGGUGGUUAUCCUUGGGGACGACGAGGAACCGUUUGACGAGAAGAUGAUCCCGAUGAAGAAAUGGAGCGUCUACGAGCAAGAGAUGUGGGAGACCGAUUCCGUGGAUAGCCGCGAGAGCAGGGGAACAGCUAUCUCUUAUCGGUCAAAGGCAUCCGAGGGUAACAGGCAGUCUCUGGGCAUCUCAAAACCGCCUAGAUCUGUUACUGGUGGUUCUAUUCGUGGAUCCGGGAUCUCGCUGCCUCCCCAGUAUUCCGCUGCAGGCUCACAGGAGGAUCUCGGACAUGAGUAUUAUCGCGACACCAACAUCAUCCAGAAGCAGCAAAUGCAGCAGUAUCCGAACAGCCAUGCCAUGCAACAGUAUCAGCACCACCAGCACCUACAGCAGCAGGGCCCCUACCAUCGGAGCCAUGCCUCCAGUUCUUCUCUCGUAUUUGAGGAGGAUAUGAAAAGAGCGUCCAUUUUAUCCAUUUCUUCGUUGCCUCGAUCAGCCGUGAAUAGUUACAUGGUACCGCGUAGCACUGGUACUCCAAGCGUGGUAGGCGGCUCCCAUUCAGUCUAUGGUCAGCAGCCAACGUAUGACCAUAUGCAGGGCAUGAAUCCAUUUGUCGAUAGUGCGGCUCGAUCGAUGAUGGGUGGAUCACAACGAGGGUCAGGAUCUGUGGUCGGCGGACCAUUCGAUGUAGGUUUCCGGACCCAUGAUAGGACAGGAUCGGCAGUGAGCAUAGGAAUAAGUCAAGUGGUGGUAGGCAACGGAUAUAAUAGUGGAUCGGACCAGCCAACAGACGAGCAACUCGCGAACGAGAUUCAAAAUGUCCUCGCUACCGCCGAUCUCAUGAGUAUUACCAAGAAGCAAGUUCGUGAACGGUUGAUGGCGUUUUUCUGUGUCGACUUGACCUCGCGCAAGGACUACAUUAACGAUGCAAUUGAACGUAUUUUAGAGAAUCACACAUCUUGAACGGAGGGUUUUCUUAUAUGAAAAAAAAUAAAUUCUCGGUAGUUGGAAAUCCGCACAUCUGCGCACCUAUUACGCCACCGAAGUGGCUUCUAAGCGUCGCAUACGACAUGGGAAAUC